CGCCCACGCAAUUGGAGGUGUGCCAAUAUGCGCAUGCGAAUGGCAGCAACUCCUGCUACAAUCGCAAUCGAUACAUGCCCUAUAACCAUAAUCGCGCCUGUGCUGCAGCUGCUGCGGUUGCUGCCGUGACGGGUCAUCCGCUGCUCAGUCAGCAGCAGCAACAACUGCAACAGCAGCAGCAGCAGCCAUUAACCUUGCCUCUGGGCUAUGCGGGCUAUCAGCCAAGUUAUGCGCCCAUCUAUCAGCAGAGUGGGCAGACGUUAACUGCCACGCCCACUGCUUUGCCAGCAGCUAGCGUCGCCUGCAGCAGCAACAGCUGCAGCAUUUCUGUUGCAGCCACGCCCGCCGAUAAGGCGCUGAUUAAUACGCUGGCGCCAAGCGUUAAGAGCAGCCUCAACUGCUCCACCAGCAACUCCACUGCGGACUCCUCCCAAGCUGGCCACACCUUUGGCAGUGUCACCGAUCCCAGCAAUGCGGUCACCUUGCAGAUUACCAAUCUGGAUUACUCGCUAGACGAGAGCAGCUUGCGCAAUUUUCUGCUGAAUCAAUUGAAGCCCAUAACUCCGGUAGUUUCGCUCAGCUUCGAAGGCAGCUCCUAUGUCAAGGUCACCGUACCGGAUCUUUACUUUGCCAAGCAGGUGGUGGCCAAUUUGCAUCGCAAGAAGUUUGGACAUAAGCGCAUGUUGGUCAGCUAUACGCGCGAUUCCUCGCUUACCGAGGUCAAUACGCUGCGUUGUCAAGUUGCCGGAUUGCUGAAGGACGUUCCGUACUAUACAUUGCCCAUGUAUAAGUUUCGUGAGCUGUUCCAGUCGCGCUUCAAGACCUCGAUCAGUGUUCUGGAUUUGUACAAGAUGCAGGACAUCUGCAACAUAAACUCGGACAACAACGAGGAUAAGUUCAUCAGCCUGCAACCGGAGCUAAUUAACACGCUGGAGAGCUCGCCGCUCAUGGAGGGACUACAGCAUAGCGUGCCCUACUGCACGGCUCACUUCAAGCGUGAGCAGCACAAGGGCUGGGCCGAGCAGGAGAUUGAACCGUUGCCUAAUGUGUGCAUGAGCAUUGCAGAGAUACAACAGCUGAUAUAUCCGCUGCUGAAGCAACAUCCAGGCGAUAUACCAGUGGCAACGCUGCUGCACUGCAUCGAGGGGCAGUUGAAGGUGCCGAUUGCGGCCAAUGAGAGCGGCGUGAAUCUGGAGCACUUGGUAUGCUGUGUGCAGGGCAUACAGAUACAGGUGAACAAUUUUGGCAUCAAGAUACUAGGCUGGCUGGAGCUAAGCAAGGAGCAAGCAAUGGCCAGCGGAGCUAGCAAUGCUGGCAACACCAGCGCUGCAAGUGAACGCAGCAGCGGCUACUUCAAGAGCGCUGUGGCAGAUCCACUAUUCCAAAUCUCACGUGAGGUUAUCGAACUGGUGAAAAUGUCACCCAAAUCGACGAUGAAGUUCAAUCGCUUUAUACCCGCGUAUCAUAAUCACUUUGGCAAGCAAUGCCGUGUGGCAGAUUAUGGCUACACCAAGCUCAUUGAACUCUUCGAAGCGCUAAGCUCGGUGGUGCAGAUAAUGGGUGAUGGGGAAAAUCGUCAGAUAACCCUCACCCAUCGCACCCAAAUCAGACGUUUUACUUCCGAUUUGCUGCGCGUUCUACGCGCCAAUGGAAACAAUUCCGUGCUGCUCUCCCAGCUGCCCAGCAUCUUUGCUCAGACCCAGAAUCGCAACUUUGAGAUCACCGACUAUGGUGUUUGCAAUGUGGUGGACAUCUUGGAUGGUCUGGUGAACAGCAAUGUGGUGGUGGUCACGACAGUGCAGCAGGGCAAGGACAUAUUGAUAUCCAUGCCCAAGCGCAAGCAAACCAAUUUGGAGCUAGAGAAGACCUGCGUCUUCGCCGGCGAAAUGGUCGAGCUCUUCCAAAAUGCUCUGCAGUACAGCAUUCUGUUCCAAAAGUUCGUGCGCUCCUAUCACUAUCACUUUGCGGAUCAGUGUCGUCUAAGCGAUUAUGGCUUCCUCAAGCUGGCCGAUCUGAUGGAUGCCAUCAAUGGUGUGGUCGAAAUGGAACAGAACAACGAUGAGGAUAAGAAAAUAAUGCUGGCACCCAAAGUGGCCAGACGCGUCUUUGCCCUGCAGUGCGAGGAUCUUAUUCGCAAUAUGACUGGCAACUCCAACAACUGCAUGAAACUGGAGCAAGUGCUGCGUUUGCAUAAGAAGAAGUUCGGCUAUGAGAUACAGCCGCAGACGUUGGGCGUGCCGGACAUUGAGAGCGCCAUCAAGUUAAUGCCCUAUGUGGAAGUGCUGUCCAAGGAUCAGGCCACCUGGCUCAUCUGUCAUCACGACGAUUUGGAAUUUCGCCAGCUUUGCUAUCGUGCCUGCAAGCAGCUGCUGCAACGCGAAGCUGCCACUGCUGAUGCCGACUCCAGCAGCGAGUUGGAGCCGCUCAGUCAGGAGCAGUUUAUUGCUGAAUUUAAUGCCAAGCACAAGCAGCAGCUAACGGAGUCAUCACUGCAAGCAAUGCGUCAUGCCAUAGAGAUCUAUCUGGAGGCGGAGCAAUCGCAUGUGCGCCUGACACGCUUUAUGCGUUUUCUGGUGUCCAUAGUGCGUCUGCUGGAGCAACGUCCCAGUAUGUAUUUGCAUGAGCUCAAGCUGGCCUUGGAUUGCGGCUUGAGCAGCACAUUCGAGUACGGAUUUCCCAAUCUUUAUUCAGUGAUUGCGGCACACGAUGAUCUGUUUACGCUAAAUGUGGGACCCACUCAGGAGAGCAGUGAAGUGGCGCUGAAUAUCAACUGUGAAUUACGUCUGGGCACUGGCGCCAGUCAUCAUCAUCUGUUUGGUUCGCUCAAGUUGCCCUAUGCCAAGCACAAGUCGCAGCGAGGCGCCCGCACGCCGCUGGGCGAGCACAAUCGUCCACCGCCGGCACUGGCAGCGCCGCCACACAAGACUCGUGCCAUUGCCAGUGAGUAUGCCAGCAGCAUAUCGAGCGCUGCGUAUAAGCCGCAGGUGAAGGUCAACAGCAGCUAUCAGGCCUAUCAGGAGCAAUUGGUGGGUCACAAUAAAUGCUCUCCACCCACGGCCAAUUGCUCGGUGAUGUCUUCUACUUUGUUGAACAGCUCGGGUUCAGCCAAUUUGAGUUUGUGCAGCACUUGCAGCAACAAGGAGAACAGCUCCUUGAACAGCUCGCUGCAGUUCUUCAACAACAGCAGCAGCAGCAGCAAUAACAACAGCAACAGCUCGUUCAACACAUCCUCCGAGCUCAAUAGCAGCAAUAUAACAUCCAGCACUGCCAUAACAGCUGCCACGCCCUAUGCACAGUCCAGCAAGCUCUGGUUCCGUCGGCAGGCCAGCUUCUAUCAGCAGCAGCAGCAACAACAACAGCAACAACAGCGACAACAGCAACAAUUGCAGCAAUCCUUUGAUGGCGCUCGAGAUUUAUACGACUUGGUUAGAUGCAAUUCACCGCCAAUAAGCUCCAUCUAUCAGCCACCCAAGCCAGACACACCACCCAGUGAGAAACUGCCGUUCUGGAUUGAUCCCAUUUGGAGCAAUCAGCAGCAGCACCAGCAACAACAGCAGCCACGACAGAAUUUGUUAAACAUACGCCUGCCAGAGUUGAAGGCCCUAAAUGUAUUGCCCAUGCUUUUGUCGCCCUAUACCAUAUCCAAACAUGAGAAUAUGAAGCGACAGUUAUUUAACUUUGAUAAUCAUGAUCGCAAAAUAGCUUAAGUUAUAAAUGAUUUAAUACAAAGUUAUGUACAGUUCCUGGCGAGCUUAGAUUUACUUGUUAAC